AUGGCCCAUCUCAUCACACCGGUUGAUAUACCCGGUAUUGUUAAAGACUUUCAAAAAAUCGUGGUUGAUCUGAAGGAAAGUGAAAAGAUCAAUCGUUCCCUGUCAUAUGCUCACCGUGUCGCGGACGUCAUUCAGAGAAGAUGUGGUGAUACAGCGAUGCGCCAUGUUCCUGGUCAAGACUUCGAGGAGCACAAGAAGAGCAGGAAUAGGCAGCUACGUGACUUGGAUAAUGAAAAUCGUCAACUGCGACAGCUCUAUGAAGACUCACAGUGGACCCUUCAUCUAGUUAUGGAAGCACACCGAAGGUUAAUGGAGGCAACAUUCGGGAAAGAUAACGACUUAGCUGCGUCAAGAAGACGGAGUGAGGAGGAGGUGGAAAAUAUCAAACAGGAAUUUUACUUUAAUGCGGCACGGAUGACAAAAGCAGUGCAUGACGUUUUCGAGCAUGAAAAAGCCAUGUCAGGAAAGAUACACAAGAGGAUGGAAGAGCUACGGGUAGAGAAUGAUAUACUCAGGUGUAUUCUGGACAGUGAAGCUGGAGCCGAUAUUCAAAGUAUCUACGAUCGAUUAGAGAACAAAACUCCCAAACAUUCUCCAAGAUGUUCGCAUGACGAUUCGAACGAAUCCCCUUGCGAUCACGAGAAUAGCGUCGAUCGAGACGAGGAAGCCACACCAAGGAAAAAAGUGAGCGUCGUUCUGAAUCCGAACGCAAACUAA